CAAUUGGGUUUUGCAAAAUAUUGGAAUGGAAGAUACCUUUUUAGCUUUUUGGGGGUGUUAUUCACUGCAGAGUGAGAAUUUUCGAGCAUGCCAAAUUUAAUUUGCAAUGACUGAACCUUCCAAAGUCAUUCACGUUCGAAAUGUGGGGCACGAAAUAUCUGAAAAUGAUUUACUUCAGCUAUUUCAGCCUUUUGGUGUCAUAACAAAGCUUGUGAUGCUGCGUGCAAAAAAUCAGGCUCUUCUCCAAAUGCAAGAUGUUCCUACUGCAGUUAAUGCUUUACAAUUUUAUGCAAAUAUUCAGCCAAGCAUAAGGGGGAGGAAUGUGUAUGUUCAGUUUUCUUCACAUCAAGAACUAACAACAAUGGAUCAAAAUCAAGGACGAGGCGAUGAGCCAAACAGAAUUCUCUUAGUUACAAUUCAUCACAUGCUGUAUCCUAUAACAGUGGAUGUGCUGUAUCAAGUAUUUUCUCCCCAUGGAUCUGUGGAAAAGAUUGUAACAUUUCAGAAGUCAGCUGGCUUUCAGGCUCUCAUCCAAUAUCAAUCACGUCAGAGUGCUGUUAUAGCAAGAAGUACACUUCAGGGACGCAAUAUUUAUGAUGGUUGCUGUCAGCUUGACAUUCAGUUCUCAAACCUUGAUGAAUUACAAGUGAACUACAACAAUGACCGUUCAAGGGACUUCACAAACCCAAAUCUCCCUACAGAGCAGAAAGGCAGACCUUCACAACCUGGAUACGGUGAUGCAGGAAACAUGUAUGCUGCUCAAGGUUCUGGGGCCAGGACAGUUGGAUUUCCACAGAUGCCCAAUGCUUCAGCCAUUGCAGCUGCUUUUGGAGGAGGUUUGCCUCCUGGAAUAACUGGGACAAAUGACAGGUGUACAGUUCUUGUCUCAAAUCUUAAUCCUGAUAGAAUAGAUGAGGAUAAACUAUUCAACUUGUUCUCCAUUUAUGGGAACAUUGUGAGAAUUAAACUUCUCCGAAAUAAACCAGAUCACGCACUUAUCCAGAUGGGAGAUGGUUUCCAGGCUGAAUUGGCUGUACACUUUCUGAAGGGAGCCAUGUUGUUUGGGAAGCGAUUAGAGGUCAACUACUCCAAGCAUCCGAACAUAACCCAAGGUGCUGAGACACAUGAAUACGUCAAUUCAAAUCUCAAUCGUUUCAAUCGCAAUGCAGCUAAAAACUACCGGUAUUGCUGCUCCCCCACAAAGAUGAUCCAUUUGUCCACACUUCCACAAGACAUCACUGAAGAGGAGAUUGUGAGCCUUGUAGAGGAGCACGGAACCAUUGUGAACAGCAAAGUCUUUGAGAUGAAUGGGAAGAAACAGGCUCUGGUUCAGUUUGAGACUGAGGAACAGGCUACGGAAGCCCUUGUGUGCAAGCAUGCAAGCGCACUUUCUGGCUCAGUAAUCCGUAUCUCCUUUUCCCAGUUACAGAAUAUAUGAUGAGACUUUGUUAAGGACUCAUGGACAACCGGAGCAACAGUUGUUAUGCACAAUAGGGACAAGGACUCUGAAUUUGGGAAGGAUAUUUUUAUGCAGAUGAUGGUCAUCUUCAUUAUUUUGUAAUGGUUGCUUUCCUUGCUACUUUACUGAUAAGAUAUGCUCUUUGAUUUUUCCCUUUUAAUCACUUGCCUUCUCAUCUCCAUUGCUCUUUUAGUUCUUUAGGUUGUUAACAUAAUGCAGUGGGAAGGUGUAGGUUGAUUCUUAUGGAAUAGAUAGGAGGGCAAAUCACUACCUUCUUAUUGCCUUUAUUGAAAAUCAUUGUUGUAUAUGUUUUGUAAUUUAGGCUAAGUAGGCCCCUUUCUGUUGUAUUCUCAAUCCAUAUCAAAAUUUUCUACUCCAACUGAGCAAGAAGCU